GUAUGAGGGUUUGGGGGGGGAGUUAUUAUAACUCGGACUGGGUUUCACCCUUUUACUUAUUUUCGCCUCCUACAUUUCCCGGCGUCCGCAGCGUGCCAUUAUGUCACCAGCAGAAAAGUGUCACACAAGCAGCACAAGGACAGCUGGCAGUUAGUGCCUGAGGGCGGAGCCACGUCCCUGCCAAUCAGCCGGAUCCCCGCCCCCCCUGACACUCCCAGCUGUUCCACUCCCAGCAGAGCGCACAGGCUCAGAGCAAUGUGAUCCCCGGCUGUCAGACUGGGACACUCGCUACUGCUAUAGGGAGAAGCUGUAUGGGGGGCAGCUGCUAAGUGUCAGCUCUCUAUGGGGCCCUGGGAAAAAGCUUCACAUGCCAUCACAUAGAAAUGAAAAGCGAAUGACCUGCAAACCCAGGUAGUUAGUGUCUAAGAUUAGCUCCUGGAUCUUCUCAGGCAACAUGGGAGAAAAUGACUAUGACAAGCAUGGCCAAGCUGGUCAACUGUUUGAGAACUUCAUUCAGGCCACAACUUGUAAAGGAACCCUGCAAGCCUUCAAUAUUCUCACGCGCCAGUUGGAACUAGACCCUCAGGACCACCGGCACUUCUACACCAAGCUAAAGUCUAAAGUCACAAGCUGGAAAGCCAAAGCCUUGUGGAACAAGCUGGAUAAAAAACAUGGACAGAAAGAGUACAAGAAAGGCAAAGCUUGCAUAGGCACCAAGUGUUUAAUAAUUGGAGGGGGUCCGUGUGGCCUUCGCACUGCCAUAGAGCUUUCCUGCUUAGGAGCCAAAGUGGUGGUGGUGGAGAAGAGAGACACCUUCUCACGGAAUAACGUCCUGCACCUCUGGCCUUACACCAUCCACGACCUCCGCUGCCUCGGAGCUAAGAAGUUCUAUGGGAAGUUCUGUGCGGGAGCCAUUGAUCAUAUUAGCAUUUGGCAGCUCCAGCUGAUGCUCUUUAAGAUCGCCCUGUUGCACGGCGUCGAGAUUCACGUGAAUGUGGAAUUUAUGAAGCUGCUGGAACCGCUGGAGGAUCAAGAGAACCAGAAAAUUGGAUGGAAAGCAGAGUUUCUUCCUCAGGAUCACCCUCUAUCAGAUUAUGAAUUUGAUGUUAUCAUUGGUGCUGAUGGGCGCAGAAACACGCUGGAAGGAUUCCGGAGAAAAGAAUUCCGGGGGAAAUUAGCCAUUGCCAUCACCGCUAAUUUCAUCAAUAGAAACACGACGGCCGAGGCGAAGGUGGAGGAAAUCAGCGGCGUGGCGUUUAUCUUUAAUCAGAAAUUCUUCCAGGACCUGAAAGAAGAGACAGGGAUUGAUCUGGAAAAUAUUGUGUAUUACAAGGACAGCACCCACUACUUUGUCAUGACGGCGAAGAAACAAAGUCUCUUGGACAAAGGCGUGAUUAUAAAUGACUAUGCCGACGCAGAAAUGCUUCUCUGCACAGAGAACGUGGACCAGGACAAUCUACAGUCUUAUGCCCGGGAGGCAGCCGACUUUGCCACGAACUACCAACUGCCAUCUUUAGACUUUGCCAUUAACCAUUACGAGCAGCCAGAUGUGGCCAUGUUUGAUUUCACCUCCAUGUACGCUUCUGAAAACGCAGCCCUGGUCCGUGAGCGGCACGGGCAUCAAAUCUUGGUGGCGCUUGUUGGCGAUAGUUUGCUGGAGCCAUUUUGGCCAAUGGGGACGGGCUGCGCAAGGGGUUUCCUCGCCGCCUUUGACACCGCCUGGAUGGUACGAAGUUGGGCUCAAGGGGUCCCGCCGUUAGAACUCUUAGCAGAACGUGAGAGUCUGUAUCGCCUGCUCCCCCAAACGACCCCAGAAAACAUCAGUAAGAAUUUCGACCAGUACACCAUCGAUCCCGGGACUCGCUAUCCCAACCUCAACUCAAGCUGCGUCCGAACCCACCAGGUCAAACAUUUGUUCAUCACCAACGAACUACAGACUUGUUCCCUGGAGAGAGCGAGUUCUAUCAGGCGGUCGGUGGGAGUCACCAGGCACGAGUCUGAUGUCAGACCCAACAAACUUUUGGUCUGGUGUCAGAAGCAAACGGAGGGUUAUAGAAAUGUCAGCGUCACUAAUCUCACCAGCUCAUGGAAAAGUGGCCUUGCGUUGUGUGCCCUUAUUCACCGGUUCCGCCCAGAACUUGUUGAAUUCAGCUCCUUGAAGGAAGAAGACGUGGUGGAGAACAACCAGCUGGCAUUUGAUAUUGCAGAGAGAGAAUUUGGAAUCUCUCCCAUGACCACAGGCAAAGAGAUGGCGGCCAUGGAGGAGCCAGAUAAGCUCAGCAUGGUGCUCUACCUCUCCAAGUUCUAUGAAUUAUUUAGGGGCACACCUCUAAGGCCGGUCGAUACAACGAGCAAAGACAAUGGGGACACCCGCUCAUCCAAGCCAUCAAAUCUAAUAGUGAACAAUUACCUCAACUUAACGUUACCAAGAAAGCGGGUUCCAAAGGAUGAAAAGACAUCAGAGGACAGUGAUCUGAACAAGAGAAGAAGGACAGUCUUCCGUUGCUUUGAAGAGCCGGCCAAUGUCCCGAGCAGGAACGUGAAUUCGGGAAACGAGUGCAACGACACCAAAGAAGUCAUCAAUCAGAACAAAGUGAAGUCCAUGGCGACGCAGCUACUCGCCAAGUUCGAGGAAAAUGCCCCGAAUACGUCGCUGCGGCGACAGGAGUCUUUAACCCUCUCCGAUGUAGAUCAGGCAGCGACUGCACCCCUUACUGAUCCUCCUCCUGUUAACCCUCGCUUUGCUAAACCUCCGGAUCCAUCCCCCAGUCUGCCGCAGCCCGAGACUAAAAGGCAGUUCCAGGCGGUAGGUAGGACACAGUCGGUGGUCAGACCACCCGUACAGUCUAGGCCUGCACCACCUAAACCGACUCGUGAGCUGAGAGUUGUACAGAGAGCGGAGUCCCACCCUGACGACCUGGAAAGGAGCGAGUCUUUCUCUUCUGCCUGUCCCUCUGCUCUCGUCCUCUCUAAUAUACUCGAACGCCUCCAAGACCUCGAAGAGAAAGCUCAGCAGAAACGGGCUCAGAAUUUAGCAAACAGAGAAUUUCACAAAAAGAACAUAAAGGAGAAGGCUGCUCACCUGGCCUCCUUGUUCGGCUCUGUGGAUUUGCCCAAGAAUAAACUUCCCUCCCAUGGCUUAUCCCAUCACUCUCCCCAAAUCCCUUACAACAGCUCCCGAACUCCUGAUCCGCCUCCUCUUCUUUCAUCUUCAUCUGCUUCCGAAUCAUCCCCCUCUUCUGCGCCCUCUAAAAAGAUUAUAGCGCUGGGGGUUAACGCUGAGAGCCGGGCUACUAAGCAAAGUCUGUUCUUCCCUGAUCCGGGACAGAUGACCGUAGGAAAGGUUUCCAGCGGAAUCGGUGCUGUGGCUGAAGUUCUUGUCAAUCUUUAUAUGUGUGAUCACAAACCUAAACCUAAGUCUCCUGAUUUGGCGCCUGAGGAUGGGACUGCGGAAUCUCCUAGUUCUUCUCACUGUGCCCCAAAGGGGUCGCUACGAAAAGAGUUUCCUGCCAAUAUCGGAGGGAGCGACACCUGCUAUUUCUGCAAGAGGCGGGUCUACGUGGUGGAGCGGCUGAGCGCCGAGGGGCACUUCUUCCACCGGGAGUGUUUCAAGUGCGCUUUCUGCUCCACCAGCAUCCGGCUGGGGAAUUACGUCUUCAAUGUAGAAGAAGGUAAAUUUUAUUGCCAGCCGCAUUUCAUGCAUUCUUUCUCCAAAAACAAACAUCGGAAACGAAGGACGGAGUCAAAGGCUCAGGAGGAGGACAAGACGUGGAAAAGCGGUGAGGCAGAAGCUGCUGAAGUGGCCACAGACAGUGCCUACAGCGCCUGCAGCAGUUCCGGGGAAAGCUCUCCAGAUGAACCAACUUCACCUAAGAAGUCCCGAGGGAACAAUCAGUUCAAAGACUUUAGAAGAAGAGCCUCAUCGGUGGAGUGGAAAUCGGUUCGGGUCGCUCCCCAAGAGGAAGGGGCAGGACACAACCUUCUGGCCGUGAGGGUCAUGGUCAUGACUGAUGAGAGCAGUUCAGACAUAGAAUGUGAAGUGUUUGAAGAAGCUCCAAACCUUCAAAGUAAGGAAACCUUGCGAGUGCCACCCGGCCGCCCGCUGACCCAAACCAAAGGCACAGAAAAGAGAAUUGAGUCCAGUGACCAGUCGACAACUUCUGACACAACUGCCCAGACUGUGCCCUCCAACAAGCAUCACAGAUGGAGAAAGAAGGUUCUGUCGACUUUUCCAUUGAUUACUGCAAAAAAAUCAACUCGUGUCUCAAGGGAAAGUUACAGCCCAGGCAGUUCUCUCGAUGAAGAGGUUUUUGGGAGAACCGAGGCCAAUGGGAAUAUGAAGCCUACAAAUCCUCUGAGCUGGGAGGAGAGGAUCCCUGGAGUCCUUUCCUAUGUGCCUCAUUAUAAAGAAGUGCAGGACAGAACAGCACAUAAUGACGCUGGGUUACCUAGAACCACUGGGCAUCAGGUUCUGGAUCACAGCCGGGAGGUUAAUACCUUCAGGGAAUACAACCAACAGGGCUCAUGGGAAUCUAAAGGUGCAGAGCAAACGGGUCACAGGUACCACAGAGACCCCAUGAAUUCUGAGGUGACUGGCGCUAAAAACCCAGCGCUGAAAAAGUUGGUGCUUUCUAAGGAGGAGAAAUCGGAUCUUCUUGAGUGGAGAGUGAGCUCAGAACCUAGAGCUCCCGUGGGGAACAGAACAGAACGAACCGCAUCACAGGCCAAUCACGAUCCCGGCGGAGAAACCGAGAACAAAAAAUCCACCUUUGCUAUUUUGUCCAACGCCAUCAAAAGAUCAUUCACGAAAUCAAUCAGCUCCGCUCCAGACUCUCCCAAGAAGUCGCCCCAAAAAGCCAAACUGGAGUCACAGGGCAAUUAUUUCGACUUCCCAAGCUCGAUUUUUAGACGCGGUAGAGGAAAUUUUGAAUGUGGUGUCAAUGGCACCGAGAUGGAUUCCAUAACAAAUCGCAACUCCGCGAAGCGUAGCGAAACGACAGAUCAUCAGGACAACGGGGAAGUAUGGGAAAGUGGCCAUUCCCAAAAAAGCCAGCGUGACCCCUCUAGUGUUAGACUUGAUGACAUGCCCAGAAUGUUGGCCAACGUCAGUAUUAAAGAGAACCCGAGUGAUGGCGCAAGUCGCAUUGCGUCCUUUAGAAGCAGGAAAAACUCUCUGUUUUCAUCGCUGCGGCUAAAGAGCAAGACCCCCGAGGACUCCCUGCACGCCUCGUCCAAUGAGACAUGGAGUGUUUUUGGGAGCUUUAGAAGGAAACUGAGUGAUAAAGAACCCAGACCUGCUCCCAACUUUCCUUCUUCUGCACGUUCAGUAGGUUUGGCGCUGAAGGAGGAGAACUCCAGCUCGUCGGAGGAUGAAUUUACAUCCAAAAACUCCCGAAAGGCCUCCCGGGAGUUAAGGCACAGGAGGAAAAUGGAAAAAGAAGCCAAGCAGAAAGCAAAGCAGGAAGAGCUGAAGAGACUUCACAAAGCUCAGACGAUACAGCGGCAGCUUCAGGAAACGGAAGAGAAACUGCGGGCGCUGGAGAUUCAGGGAGUUAAGCUGGAGAAGGUGCUGCGCGGGGAAUCAGAUUCGGGCGCACACAGUGAGUCGCAGCUUCUACACGAAUGGUUCCAAAUCGCGCUGGAAAAGAAUAAAUUAAAUCGUUACGAGGCCGAGCUCCUGUUCACGGCCAGAGAACUGGAGCUUGAAGAUCAACAAGGAAGACUGGAGCAGAUACUGAGAGAGAAGAUGCUGAUUGACCCUGCUCUGAAAGACGAAGCAGACAAUAAGGAAGAACAGGAGCUCUUUGCGGAGAUGAUGAAGAUUAUUGAGCAGAGGGACCAGCUGGUGACUUCUAUAGAAGAACAAAGGGUCCAGGAGAGUUCGGUGGAACGGAACUUGCAAGGACUCCGACGAGAUCACGAGCUGAAAAUGAGCCUAAUUCACAAGAAAAGGUCAUUUAAAUGAGAUUGCUGCCUUGUAAGGAAGUGGUCGCCUGGAAAAUGAGAUGAGGGGUUUUGGGGUGGAAUGGUGGAAAAUGGUUUCUGUAAUCUUUGUUUGACCUGAGAAGUCUUCCUAAUGACAGAAGCUGAAGAGAAACAGUGUCCCUGCCUUAUUUGGUCUUUAUCCACCAAUGUGAAACCAGGAGACACCCUUGUGUUCUAGGCAAGAUCUGAUCAAGGCCAACCAUCUGCAUUAUUGGACUUCAUCAGAAUGAGAGUCAACCACUAAUAAAAAAGACAGUCGUCUCCCACAAUCCACUGGUUGAAAAUUAACGGCAACCAACAAACAAUGAAAAGAGGUUGUAUUACAGGCUCUCUACUUGUUGAAAUCUGUCCGGAAACAGCAACAGAGGAAGCUUUAAUUUUUUUUUAAUUUUUUUUUUCUUUUGAUGUUCUAUAUAGUCAAGAACAUGAUCUGGAACUUGGAAAGUUGAGAAACUGCAACAUCAAGUUAUGAAUGUAAUUGUUUCCUGCUGAACCUCGACUUUAGGGGGUCUGUGACCCCCUGUAACAUUAAUGUCAGUUUCAGUGAUAUAUAUAUAAGAAUAUAUUAUGUAUUAUUCAGAUGUAUUUAAGCUUGGUAGACAGUUAUGCUGCUGCACUGUUGUACCUUCUAUGUUUAACAUCGGUGUUAAAGCUCUGAAGUUGUAUCAUGUGACUAUAGCUGGUUUAUUGUUUAACAAUGGGGAUCUGAUCAAGCUUGAGGGAUCAGUAUUCUGCUCCUGUGGCAGAUGAGUGGAUGGAAUUAAAUGAGAAAAGGGUUAGCAGAUAUAUUUAAAUUGUUAUCACUCCAUAUUAGAAUAAUGUAUUGUAUAAAGACUUAAACAGAUUAGUCUUAAAGUGAAACAGGAACCUUGGUACUUUAUGGCUUUGAUGCAGUUGUACCUUCCUGCCUCGCCACUCUGUGUUAUUAAACUGCUGCUGUUUCUUAAGGUGAGUAACAAUUGCCUAGGAAACCUGCUCUCUGUGGCAAUUUAUCAGGGGUAAGUACUGAGGUGUUUCCCCCCUACCAUUCCCAUUGUUCUACAGAUGGGCUACUACGGUGAUAUCACUCCAACUUGUAGCACAGCAGUAAAGAGUGCCUGAAAUUUAUCAGAGCUCAAGUCACAUGGCUGAAGGAACUGUGGAAACUGACAACAUGUCAGAUUUCAAAAUUAAAUAUAAAAAGAUCUGUUUGCUCUUUUGAAAAAUGGAUUUCAGUGUAGGAUUCUGCUGGAGCAGCACUAUUCAUUGAUAGGAACAUUUUCUCCCAUGACACAAUCUCUUUAACUUGCGUGUAAUUCUGCGGGCACAUGCAUUGAUGAUGGCUGCCGUGGGGAUGCUGUGGGAGCUCCUUACAGAGGUGCAAAUUGGGCUGUAUAGAUUAGGGACACAUUUACUAAACUCGAGUGAAGGAUUAGAAUAAAAAAUACUUUGCAUUUGGAAGU